AUGCUCCAGCAAGAUACAGCCUUCAACUGGAGAAAAUUUGCCAUCACGGCUGCUGGCGUUGCUGGCGCCGUGGUAGCUGUUGAGGCUAUAUUCAAUCGCGACACACGAGAUCCACUUACUGUCGCUGAAAGGAGCUUACUGAACGAUAGCUUCAAGUACACUGGUGGUGGUCUUGUCCUAACAGCACUGGCUGCUCGCAACCUGUUUCGCUCUGGCUUCGCUUUCAGACUCAUGUCUGCCAAUCCAUGGAUGGUACUUGGUGUCAGUUUGGUUGGAAGCAUUGGCACAAUGAUGGGGACGAUAUAUACUGCUCCUGAAAAUACAGUUCAGAAGCACUUGUUCUGGCUUGGGUUUAAUGCAUGCCAGGCAGCAACUUUGAGUCCCCUCUUUUUCUUUAGCCCAGCUAUACUUUCAAGAGCAGCCUUGUAUACCGUUGGUGUAGUUGGUUCUAUCUCAUAUGUCGGUGCAACUGCUACCAAUGAUAAGUAUUUGAACCUCGGAGGACCUCUUCUGGCAGGAGUGACUGUAGUCGCUCUUAGCUCCCUUGCGCCAAUGCUUCUGCCUUCUAUGGGUAUGCGUAGUCUUAUGAUUGCCGAAUCUAUUUCUCUCUACGGAGGACUAGCUCUAUUUGGCGGAUUUGUGCUCUAUGAUACGCAAAAGAUCCUUAAGCACGCCCGUCUAGCUGAACAGGGCAUUAUGAAAGCAGACCCCAUCAAAGAAUCUAUCAGCCUCGAACUCGAUAUGAUCAAUAUCUUCAUUCGACUUGUCCAGAUCCUCGCUAUGCAGGGCAACCGCAAAAAGUAA